GCGAUCUCUUCCAAGUGGCUCUUCAAGCGCAAGACCGACGCCGACGGCAACAUUGAGCGCUACAAGAGCAAACUUAUAGCCAAGUGGUAUCAGCAGCAAGAGAAGAAGGACUACAAUGAAGUGUAUGCUCCUGUGGUGAAGGGUACAACCCUUCGAACCCUCUUCGCCGCGGCGGCCAUCAAGGGAUGGGUGGUGAAGCAAAUGGAUAUAGUAACGGCCUUCCUCAACGGCGUUUUGGAGGAAGAGACCUACAUGGAGCAGCCAGAGGGGCACAAUGAUGGGAGUGGCAGAGUGUGGAAGCUGAAGAAAGCACUCUAUGGCCUCAAGCAAGCCCCUAGGCAAUGAUUCUAAGGCCAACAAUCCGAGGGGGAGUUUGUUGGUGCAACCCUAUGGCUUGCACUCGGCUUGUCGUCCUUGUUUGUGUGUGUGCAUGCAUGGCAUGGAAUGAAUUGUGAGUCUAUGUCAUUGCUAUCCAGUGCUUGUGUGUGUGUUUGAAUGGUGUAUCACAAUGUGGCUUGUGUC